AUGAAGCUACCUGCCGAGAAGGCUUGUGGGGUUAUAGUGGAACUAAUCAAAAGCAAGAAGAUGGCUGGCAGAGCUGUGCUGUUGGCAGGACCUCCUGGCACUGGCAAGACUGCAUUGGCCUUAGCUAUUGCUCAGGAACUGGGAAGUAAAGUUCCCUUUUGUCCUAUGGUUGGAAGUGAGGUCUAUUCCACUGAGAUCAAGAAAACAGAAGUUCUAAUGGAAAACUUCCGACGUGCAAUUGGGUUGAGGAUUAAAGAGACCAAGGAGGUUUAUGAAGGAGAAGUCACAGAACUAACUCCAUGUGAGACUGAAAAUCCUAUGGGGGGGUAUGGCAAAACCAUCAGCCACGUAAUUAUAGGGCUUAAAACUGCAAAGGGAACCAAACAGUUGAAGCUGGACCCAAGCAUAUUUGAAAGCUUGCAGAAGGAGCGAGUGGAAACUGGUGAUGUUAUUUAUAUUGAAGCAAACAGUGGAGCCGUCAAGAGGCAAGGCAGGUGUGAUAUCUAUGCUACGGAAUUUGACCUUGAAGCGGAAGAGUAUGUUCCCUUGCCAAAGGGUGAUGUGCACAAGAAAAAGGAAAUUAUUCAGGAUGUCACCCUGCAUGACUUGGAUGUGGCCAAUGCUCGACCUCAGGGUGGGCAAGACAUCCUUUCUAUGAUGGGACAAUUGAUGAAGCCUAAGAAAACUGAAAUUACUGACAAACUUCGAGGAGAGAUAAAUAAGGUGGUAAAUAAAUAUAUCGAUCAAGGCAUCGCAGAGCUAGUCCCAGGUGUACUCUUUGUGGAUGAGGUUCACAUGCUGGAUAUUGAAUGUUUCACAUACCUGCAUCGAGCACUGGAAUCUUCUAUUGCCCCCAUUGUCAUCUUUGCUUCCAAUCGAGGAAACUGUGUUAUCAGAGGCACAGAGGAUGUAGUGUCUCCUCAUGGAAUACCUCUGGACCUGCUGGAUAGAGUAAUGAUUAUCCGAACUAUGCUGUAUACACCCCAAGAAAUGAAGCAGAUCAUAAAACUUCGUGCUCAGACAGAAGGAAUUAAUAUUAGUGAAGAAGCUCUAAACCAUUUAGGGGAAAUCGGUACCAAGACAACCUUAAGGUAUGCUGUGCAGUUACUGACCCCAGCUAACCUGCUCGCCAAGAUUAAUGGGAAAGACAGCAUUGAGAAAGAGCAUAUUGAAGAAAUAAAUGAACUUUUCUACGAUGCCAAAUCCUCAGCAAAAAUCUUGGCUGAUCAACAGGAGAAGUACAUGAAAUGAAGAGCUUAUCAUGUUAGAUGCUUUGAAGUGGCUUUAAUCCUUGCCCAGGGCUGGUUUAAUUAUUGAAUGAGAAACGUUGAUGGUUUGUCUCUUUUGGGACUGAGAAAUAUUUAAAAGUUGGACUGCUUUGUCAGGCCAGAAUUAACUAUCAAGUGUUCCUAUUUCAUUAUCAACAAUAAGAUGCUCCAUCUAUGAUGUCUGUGUAACAUCUUAGUCUCCCUUUUAUGAGUAUAUAUGUGAAAUGAAUAGUUCCUGACCCAUGAGUUUUGUCUUUAGAUUUCAUUACAGAAGAGCUCUAACUGAAGCUGAUGCUUAAGAACAGUCUAUUUCCUUUAUGAAUGUUGUUUUAAAAUAGUUUCCUUUUACAGAUGAGUACUUUUUUUUUUUUGAGUCAAAGUUUGUCUGAAGUGCUUUAUAAUAAAAUAUUUCAAGAAUAUUGGAA